AACCCACUGUUAUUGUCACCCUGCUGUCUUCUCUUUCGCUUCCACCAGAAACUUCUGAGAGAGAAAGAGAGUGACUUUUAGAGCGAGAAUCAGAUAAAAUCCAUUUCCAUAUUUCACUUUCCUCUUCUUUUUGGCGCUAAGUGACUCAUAGAAGAUCUCUGCUUGUAUCUCUGAAGGGUUUAUUUAUCUAGUGAAAGGGUAUCAUCCAUUUCAAGUGUUUUGCUUAAAAUAUUCGUUUAUGUUGGACUCUCUCUGAAGAAUCAGGUUAGAGAGCAGAGAGAAUAGAUGGCUCAUGGAGCAUACCCAUUUGAAGAUGUCAUGGAUUCAGUAUCAAAUAAAGCAAAAAGAUGGUUAUUUGACAUAUCCGCCUCCUCUUUCUCCUUCUUCAAUGUCUCCAUAUACUACUACUUUCCAUAAAGAAUCAACCCCUUCAUCUUCAUCACCGCCGUCUUCUGGUACAAGAAUUAGCCCUGCGGUUCUUUUCAUUAUAGUGAUUCUUGCAGUACUAUUUUUCAUUUCUGGUUUGCUCCACUUGCUUGUUAGAUUCCUUAUAAAACAUCCAUCUUCUUCGGGUUCCUCUCAAUCUAAUAGAUACCCUGAAAUCUCUGGACCAGAUGCUCUUCAAAGACAACUACAGCAGCUUUUCCAUCUCCAUGAUUCUGGUCUGGAUCAAGCAUUUAUUGAUGCUCUUCCUGUUUUUCAGUACAGAGAGAUUGUAGGUCUGAAGGAGCCAUUUGAUUGUGCUGUUUGUUUAUGCGAGUUUUCUGAGAAAGACAAGCUGAGAUUGCUUCCUAUGUGUAGCCAUGCUUUCCAUAUCAAUUGCAUAGAUACUUGGCUCUUAUCUAACUCUACAUGCCCUCUUUGUAGAGGGACACUUUUUACACCUGGGUUUUCCAUUGAAAACCCAAUGUUUGAUUUUGAUGAUUUAAGAGAAGAUGGUGGAUGUCGUGGUAAUGGAGAAAAUGGGUUCUCUUCUAGUCAAAAAACUCUGGAAAUUGAAGAGCCUGUUGUUGAAAAGGGGGUUUUACCAGUGAGACUUGGUAAAUUCAGGAGGCUGACUGAUGGAACAGGGGAGGCAGGAGGAGAGACUAGUAGCAGUAAUUUAGAUGCAAGAAGAUGUUUUUCAAUGGGUUCUUAUCAGUAUGUGCUGGGUGAUUCAGACCUUAGGGUUCCCUUAGGCACUGACCAGCAUGGCCGUGAUUUUACGCUCGAAAAAGGCACUGAACAAAAUGGGAGUCUUUCAGUUGAUGGGGAUUUGGAGGGGAAGAAGAUUAGUAGUGUAACCAAACGUGAGAGCUUCUCUGUAUCUAAGAUUUGGCUUUGGUCUAAAAAGGGCAAGUUUUUGAGCUCCUCAGAUACUCAGGUGGGUAUGCCUUCCUCACUUAACAUGGAUUUGCGGUGGAUGGGUAGAACACAAGAAAAUUGAAAGGUAUUUUAUUUUAUGGUCCUUGGCAGUCUUUAAUCCAUUGAUCAAAGCUUGUUAUGCUUUUCUUUUUGAUAAUUUCUUUGGGAUGCUAAUUCAAAUAUUGUGAUGAUUGGUUGUGGUAUAUUGUUGAUGUACUGACUGUGUAUUGAAAUUUGAUUGAUUAAAAAUCAAAUUUCAAAGACAUAUUCUUGUUAUAUAGAUUAACCUAAUAGGGUGAUUGUGGGUGUCUUCAA